ACUUGGGUAUAUAAAAUAUUUUUGUCACGUAAUAUAUAAAUGGUGCCAUAUUUGAGGUCCAAGGUUCCUUAAUUAGUGGGAUUCAGAACGAUAUGCAAUAAGUCGUUCAAUUAUAUGUUAGUAUAUCAAAUUCAAUAUAAGGUGCUUAUGUUAUGAAUGGACAACCAAGGAUAAAUAUUGUUCGAGAGAGAGUUCUAAGUCAAGACGAUCCUUUAUCUUUUUUCAUCUUUAUUCUAUGUAUAGAAGAGCUGGUUAGCCUUCUUAAUCACAAAGAGAACCAAGGGAAGAUAACAAGGAUCCACGUCACACGCGCGUGUUUCUCAGUAUCACAUCUUCUCUUUCCUUAUGAUAGCUUUUUUUUUCUACAAGGCGGAACUCCGUGAAUGUGAAGAAGUGAUGAAAAUAGUUAUGGAGUAUGGACAAACAUCAGGACAAUGUAUUAACUUUGAGAAAUCUCUUUUACUCUUUGGUAAGAGGAUUGAUGCUAGACAGCAGAUUAAAGAUACACUUGGAAUCCAAAACGAAUGAGGAAUGAAAACAUACCUAAGAAUUACAAAAUAUAUUAGUGGGUCCAAAUGCAAGCUUUUCGCUUUUUUUAGGGACAAAUUACUGCAUAGAAUGAAUGGAUAGACAUGUAGAUAGCUCUCUAAAGGUGGAAAGGAAUUUUUGAUUAAAUCUAUCUUGCUAUCACUUCCGACAUAUGUUAUAUCUAUUUUCCUGCUCCUACUGGAGAUAUGUGAAAACCUAGCGAGUGUCAUUGCACAGUUUUGAUGGAUCUCAAACCCACCAAAGAGAGGAAUUUACUGGGCAAAAUAGGAAAAGCUUUGCUUACCAUGGGAGGAAAGUGAGAUUAGUUUCCGUAUGAUCCAUGAAUUUAACCUUGCUUUACUAGCAAAACAACUAUGGAGGCUAGUACAAUACCAUUACUAGUUGGUGGCUCGAGUAUUGAGUAAAAGAUACCACUGUAUGAGUUUGCCUUUGUGAUUAAUUCAUGUAAAUAAUCCAUCAUAUGUGUGGACCAGUAUUUCAGCGGCACGAAAGCUAUUGCUAGUGGGAAUCAGACAGAAGAAACAUUAUGGAUAUGAGGUCAAAGUGUGGGAGGAUCUUUGGAUCCCUACAACACCAGCUAGGCCGGCUCGACCUUUAGCCCUAGUUCUCCAUCUGAACAUGAGAGUCAGCGACCUUAUUAAUUAGGAAAUGAAAGAAUGACAUGUUGGGAUACUAGAGGAUUAUGUUGCUCUUGUUGAUAUACUUUUCAUAAGAAGUUUGGCCAUAAGCUCAACUCAUCGACGUGACACAUUCUGCUGGAGCUACACCAAGAAUGGCUAGUACAUGGUUAAGUCAGGAUAUUGGGUAGCUCGGACUUAUUGAAGGCUGAGGAGUAGAAAGAAGUACUAGAGCCAAGUAUUACUAAGCUUCAAACCUUUGUUUGGACGAUAAAAGCACCGCAUAAGAUAUGUCAUCUUAUAUGAUAGCUGAUAACAUGUCAUGUGGCCGUAACGAGGAAUUUGGUGCGGCGUACAUGAGAUGCGAUAAUUAUUGCCCACGAUGUGGUGAGCAUGAAGAAUCUGUUACCCAUGCUAUUUUUGAGUUCCCGCCAGCUUUACAAGUUUGGUCCUUAUCAUCGACACCUACAAGUCCAGAUAUUUUUUCAAGCCCGAGUAUGUAUACUAAUAUGGAUUAUCUUUUCUGGAGAAAGAACAACAUUGUCGAGCCAUAACUAGACAUGAAUCCUUAUCUCUGGAUAAUUUGGUACAUUUAGAAGGCUCGAAAUCACAAACUUUUUAGGGGGUUUAAUAGAGAUCCUUUGGAGUUAGUGCGCUAUGCAGAGAGUGAGUGUCAAGUCUGGUUCGAUGCAAACGAGAUGGUGACUCCAACUCCACAAGGACAUAGUAUUGAGGAACCUCAACUCUUAAGCUUGGGUAAUAUAUGCAUGAUAGAUGGGUCAUGGACAUCCACAUCACAGUUCAGCGGAUGUGGAUGGCUUUGGAUGGAUAGCUUUGGGAAGGUUCAACAUAUGGGGACACAAAAUUUAUACGGCGAGAGUAUGCUUUGGAUUAUGAGGUAGAAGCAUUGCGAUGGGUGAUGGAGAGCAUGGUUCAGUAUUCAACAUGUCAGAGCUUUGGAACGGACUGCAAAGAUUUGAUCGCCAUGAUAGAGGAGCCUCAUGCUUGGCCAAAGUUUGCAACAGAAUUGAAGAGGAUAGUGACUCUGAAGAUAUGCUUUCCGGACUUCAAAAUCACUCAUAUUCCUCUAGUGCAAAAUCAGAUUUCGGAUUCUUUAGCUAGGACUGCGAGGUCUUUUAAUAAAGAAAUCUGUUUUGUUGGUUGUUCUAUUUCGGUCUAGUUACCAGACCACCUCAAGUUUGAGUAAUAAAAUAGUCGUUCGUUGCCAAAAAAAAAUAUUUAAAUAGGUCAAACAAUCUUACAUAAGUAGAUUGUUUUUAGAACAAAGUUUAACCCCUAGCAUAUCUUUUUCGAUAGUGACGUAUGGUGCAUGACCUCAUCCUACCGUACGUCAUGGAAGGUGAAUUACGGAUGAUAAAUCCUUAAUGCAAUGCAAUAGUCUUAAUCUAAUCUUAUUAUUUAUCAAUCUAACGAUAAAGAACAAUUGCUCGAAAGAUAUUGUUAUAAAAUAAGAUAAAUUCACGUGUGCUUUUUGGAUUUCUAGUAAUACUCCACUGUUCCUUCUUUCUUAUGUAUAAAAGUCUUAGUGUCCAGAUCUGGUAUAUAUGACCUUUGGGGUGUGUAGCAAAGUAGGUAAGAUUAUUUCCAUAAGCAAUUAGUUUUAUAAGGCUGAUAAAUCCUGCUUGUCUACGGCUAGUAGGCCUCUCGUCACACAGCAUGUGGGUUUAUUCUAAGCAAUGUAUAGUGUGUUAAUUUUUUGGAGGCUCGUUAUUUUGUUUAGUGUCUCUGCAAUCACCAUAUGACUUUCCCGCAUGCUUAAGUCUCAUUCGCGCGAUAUUACAAAUCAUUUUCUGAUAUGUCAUCCAUCCUUUCAAUAUUCAAACUCAAACACACUUAAAUAUUGAGUUAUAAAGGUAGUGUGACCGAAAAAGUAAGUGUACUUUGGUGACAUAACUAGCCAAAUCAAUUCUUUUAAACUUUCCCACAUAUACCACAAAAAUGGAUGUUACAAUUCACCCCCUCUCACAGAACACAACGUCCUCCUUGUGUCCUAAGAUCGUUACCCAUGUUAGUGUGAGACCACACAUGACUCCACACUCGUAUGUGUUUGGCUCUGAUAUCACAUGUACCGUCUGCUCACGAUUAUUGGGCCUUCCACGCCCGCUCUUUCGGUCCGUGGGCAUCAUUCGGACAGUGCGUUUAUUUUUUGGAGGUUCAUUAGACUUGUUUAUUAGCUCUAAAAUUGUUGCAUGACCUUUCCACGUGCUUUGGCAUCACUCAUACGAUAUCACAAAUCAUUUUUCGAUAGGUCAUCCAUUUUUCCUCUACUCCAACUCAAACACAUUUAAUCGUGGACUUCUAAAAUGAUGUGUGGCCGAAAAAGACGUAUACUUUGAUGGCAUAGCUAAUCAAAUAAAUUCUUUUAAACUUUUCUACGUAUACCACAAACUGAGAUAUUAAGGAUGAGUUAAUUAGCUAUUUAGUACUAUUUAUCAGCUUGCAUUUCUAAUUAACAUACAUGUAUGCAAGUAGUUUAAAAAUUCCAUUGUUGAGAGAAUUAAUUAACUCAAGCUGAGUACUCAAUGUAUCUCUUUUUUUUUUUGAACUCACUCAAUGUAUCUUUCAUACGGUAAUUUGCAUGCACAAUGUAGUAUAGUCGCAUUAUCUCAUCCACUAGUUGGAAAGUAAUUUAACAUGCAUAUGGACAACUAACGGUGUUUUAUAUGCAUAUUGAGGAAUAAACUAAUUUAAGUAGUACCUCUUUUCUUUCUGCAUGCAAAUAGUACUUUUUAUUAGAUGAUUAAAUGGCGUCGAUUUUCCAGUUAAUAGUACCUUAAUCGUGUGGUUUACAGGUCUACAGUCCAUGGUCAACGCUACAAAAUGGUGAGAUUAUAAAAUAAUAAUAUGAAUUAAAUUAGUGUUUAAAAAUCUUGUGAACAUACGAUAAAAAUAGUUUAGUAAGAGCAUUUUCAUUUUGGAAGUUUCUUAAAGCAUCUCCAUUCAUAAGAUACCUCAGAACAUUUCAUUAAUGUGUAAUUAAUACUUUAAUAUGUUUAAAUUACAUCACUAAAAACUACAUCACUGAUUUUUUUUUGUUAUUAAAGACAUCUGGAGCAGUCAUGUGAACACAGGUGUGUUAAGAGUAUAUGUAAAAUUCUCAAAUAAAGAUCAUAUAAUUAUUUUUCUCUUUUAUAUUAUUUCAUUAUUUUACCGGUAGAAUAUCUUGUGGGUAACUAGCAAUUCUAUAUAUCAUAAUAGUGAAAGAGAAAAAGGUUGGAUGGAUAUGAAAAAAAUGAAAAAUUCAUCCGGAAAACUUGAUCUCCCCUAUUUAUAAUAUCAAUCUAAUUUUAUAUGAUUUGCAAUUUUUCACCAUCUCUGUAAUAUUAUUUGAAAAGUCAGUUUCCUAGAUAUCGCGAUAACGUUAAUUUUUAGAAUGAUUAAUUACAAUGAUAUUCUUAAUGAAAUAAAAAUAGAAUUAAUGUCAUUAUUAUAAUUUUUUUCUUUUUUGAUAUUUUUGCCUUUUUAUUUAUAUUUGUUUCCAAACUACAUAUAUAAAAAGGCAGUAGUUAUAAAUUUUAAAAACGUGGUCACUAUAUAUAAAUUGAUUUAAUAAAACAUAAAUUUCAUAAAAAAUAAGAUCCAUAUUAAAAGAAUUCCUUGUACAACAUAAUAUCAAACAAUAUAAUAGAUAUUUUUGAGAUAAAUGUUUUUAACUAAAAUUAAAUAUCACUUCUUUUUUUUAUUGGUUUUCAAAUAACAUAUAUAAAAAGGAAAUACAUAUAAAAAUUAAAACCGAGUCAUAUGAUUAUAAAUUGAUUUCAUUAGAAAAGGAAGUUUCAUUUGCCCAAAAAUGGAAAUUUCAUUAAAAAAAGAUUCAUGUUAAAAAUAUAUAUAUAAUAUAUAUAAUUUCUAUAGUUUAUUUAUUAAUUAUAAAAUAAUUUGAAUAUACAUAGGAUAUUGAUUAAUUACUACAGUUUAUUCAUUACUAAACAUGUGGCAAAAUGCGUUCUAGUGAAUAUCUAACAUGAUCUUGUUUGAGAAACUUUUGUUUCUCUUUCCUAAUUUUUUUUUUAUUAAUAAGAUAUCUAAAGAAUUUUUACGAAUAGAGUUGUUCUUAACAUGGAAAUUUUUUACUGGAUUCUUUAAAGAAAAAAUGCAUAUAAAACGUUAAUUAACAAGUAAUGCUAAGAAAAAAAUUAAUUAAUGAUAUUUUACAGUUAAACAGUCGAAUAUGUAUAAUAAACCAAUAAUUUAAUAUUCUUGUACAAUGUUUUUAAAUGUUAAGGGAAUGAAUAUUUAAACAUUCGAUUUCAAAAACAAUUUGUUCUCCUAUAUGUGAAUUUACAGGAUUUUAAAAGUGUUAUUUCUUAGUUGAUAUGUAUACACUAGUGUAUAUAGACAACAAAGCUGCUGCUGCCAUAUUUUUAACUAAAAUAAUGACAAGUACUAUAUAGGCCAUCAAGUUGGAUAAAUAUUUUUCACCUAUAAAUAAUGUUGAACGUAUAUAUUCUCCCUCUCAUCACAAAACAAAAUUCCUUACUAUCUCUUCUUUAAACCCGAAUAAAAAUAUAUCUCUCCCUCCUACUCCAUUGUAAUGGCUUCGUCACUUCUAACAUACUCCAUUAUGAUCCCCACCACAGGUUCCACGGUGGUUGUCCGGUCAGUGUUACCCAUUGAAUCUUCACUACCCUCUCUCCGCCGCCUAACCUAUCCGCACAAGAAGCCAACCUUGUUCAUCUCAUUUUGCUCCUCUACGUCCCAAAAGGCCGCAACUAGUAGUAUUGACCUCCAACCCGUCAUGAAACGGUGGCCAGAGUACAUACCUAACAAGAUCGCCGACAAGAAUUAUGUGAGAGUAUUUGACACGACGCUCCGUGAUGGCGAACAAUCUCCCGGUGGAGCUCUUACUCCCCUUCAGAAGGUAGAGAUUGCUAGGCAACUCGCUAAACUCCGAGUAGACGUCAUGGAUGUCGGUUUUCCGGCAUCGUCUGAGGAAGAGUUAGAUGCCGUUAAAAGCAUUGCCAAGACCGUUGGUAACGAGGUGGACGCGGAAACAGGUUACGUCCCGGUAAUAUGCGUCAUCGCAAGAUGCAAACAUGAGGACAUCGAGGCCGCUUGGGAGGCGUUAAAGUACGCGAAGAGGCCGAGGAUAUUCCUAUUCAUAUGCACAAGUGACAUUCACAUGAAAUAUAAGUUGAAGAAGACUAAAGAAGAAGUGAUCGAGAUGGCGAAAAGUAGUAUUAGAUUCGCUAAAAGAAUAGGCUUUAGUGACAUCCAAUUUGGUUGCGAAGAUGGCGGCAGAUCGGACAAGGAUUUUCUAUGCAAGAUUAUGGGAGACGCAAUAAAUGAGGGCGUAACGACGGUGACCCUCGCGGACACGGUAGGGAACAACAUCCCUCAAGAAUUUGGAGAAAUGGUGACCUAUCUCAAAACAAACACUCCUGGAAUUGAUGAUGUUGUCUUCAGCCUUCAUUGUCACAACGACCUUGGUCUUGCUACCGCCAACACAAUCUCCGGUGUGUGUGCGGGAGCAAGACAAGUCGAAGUAACGAUCAACGGAAUAGGCGAAAGAAGUGGGAAUGCUUCGCUUGAAGAGGUUGUACUGGCUUUGAAAUGUCGUGGAGCAUAUGUGAUGGAUGGUGUUUACACAAGAAUAGACACACGCCAUAUCAUGGCUACUAGCAAGAUGGUUCAAGAGUAUACUGGCUUGUAUGUUCAACCACAUAAACCCAUAGUAGGUACCAACUGUUUUGUUCAUGAGAGCGGCAUUCACCAGGACGGAAUUUUGAAAUAUCGGAGUACAUAUGAAAUAUUCUCACCAGAAGACAUUGGGGCCGAAAAAUCUCAAGAUUCAUGCAUUGUUCUUGGAAAGCUUAGUGGACGUCAUGCUGUGAAAGAUCGGCUAAGAAAGAUAGGAUAUGAAAUCAGUGAUGAGAAGUUCAACGAUAUUUUCUCACGAUUCAGGGAGUUAACCAAGCAGAAAAAGAGGAUUACGGACGCUGAUCUUAUUGCAUUAGUGGCGUACGGUGAUAAAAUCUCAUCAGAGAAAUUAACUAUUAACGGAAAUGGCAGCUCUCUAUUUGUAUAAAAUGACAUUACUUUGACAAAAAAAUGUAAUAAGAUGACACAUCAAAUGGGAUUUGACAUGCAUGUGUUCUUGUAAUGAAUAGAAUAAUAAUCAGUGUUGUUGGAGAAUGUUUUCUUAUAUGUUGUUUAGUUACUUCAGCAUUCUCAUGUAUUAAACUGAACUACGGAAUUGUAUCAAAACAAAGUUGUUUGAGACCUCUCUAUUCAGCGGUGGAGAAAGAAAGAACAAUGUGCUGUCAAAAUUAUGAUUCUAAUUUGGCUCCAAAUAUUUUAUAUCUAUAAAUAUCGAAACAUUUCAAUAAUACUCUUAUUUUUUAAUUUGAAAUCUGUCAAAUUUACUUGAAAAUUCGCAAAAUAACCGAAAAUAAACAAAUAAGUAAAUGAAACUAAUCAUUAUAUAUAGGAACUUUAGAUUAGAUAUUUAAAUUCCUAUACUACUUAAAAGAUCUAUUCGUUUACAACUUAACUAUAAACUAAAACUAGAUACGGAUCUGCGCCAUGCGCAGAAAUAUUUAUACUUUAUGUUUUAAAAUUACAAUUUUAUGAUUUGGUAAUAUUUUAUAAAUAUUGAUUCGACUCCAGAUUAUUUUUUU